UUAUUAUUUAUAUUUAUUUAUAGUAAGUAUAAAUUAAAGUUUUUUUUUGUGUGAGAGUUUACUCUAGGGUUUGAGGUAAAGAUGCAGAGUAACAAUGGUACUGAAUCUCAAGACAAUAAGCAGCCGCCGCCGCCGCCGCCGCCGCCGUCGUCACAGGGAGCGACGUCUCCGGUGGUGCAGCAGCAGCAGCAACAGCCGUGGGUGGCUAUGCAGUACCCGGCGGCGGCGAUGGUAAUGCAGCAUCCAAUGAUGCCGUCCCCACAUUAUCCACCUCAUUACAUGCCGUUUCAUCCACAACACCAUCACCACCUUAUCCACCACCCGCCGCACUCACCGUCACCGCAUCAACAAGGUGGAGGUGGAGGAUCUAAUAAUAAUGAAAAUCGAACGAUCUGGGUGGGUGACCUUCAUAAUUGGAUGGAUGAGGAUUAUCUACGUAGCUGCUUUGCUACCACUAAUGAGGUUGCCUCCAUCAAGGUAAUUCGCAAUAAACAGACUGGUUUCUCUGAAGGGUAUGGUUUUGUGGAAUUCUUCACACAUGCAUCUGCCGAGAAAGUUCUGCAGACAUAUUCUUGCAUGACAAUGCCUAAUGCAGAACAACCUUUCCGUCUGAAUUGGGCUACAUUCAGUAUGGGUGACAAGCGAGUAAACAAUGGUUCCGAUCUGUCCAUCUUUGUAGGAGAUUUAGCUGCAGAUGUUACUGAUACCUUACUGCAUGAAACUUUCUCCCAAAAAUACCCCUCUGUUAAAGCUGCUAAGGUUGUCAUCGAUGCCAACACUGGUCGUUCUAAAGGAUAUGGUUUUGUAAGGUUUGGAGAUGAUAAUGAGAGGUCUUCAGCUAUGAAUGAAAUGAAUGGUGUGUAUUGUUCAAGCAGGCCUAUGCGAAUUGGUGCCGCCACGCCACGGAAAUCAUCAGGAUACCCACAGCAAUAUUCUUCUCAAGGUGGAUACUCCAAUGGUGGACCAGUUCAAGGAUCACAACCUGAUGCAGAUUCUACAAAUACCACAAUUUUUGUUGGAGGUCUUGACCCCAAUGUCAGUGAUGAAGAUCUUAGACAGCCUUUUGCACAGUAUGGUGAAAUAGUUUCUGUAAAAAUUCCAGUUGGGAAAGGGUGUGGGUUUGUGCAAUUCGCAAACAGGAAUGAUGCAGAGGAAGCCUUACAGAAGUUGAACGGAACUGCUAUUGGCAAGCAAACAGUGCGCCUUUCUUGGGGACGAAACCCAGCAAAUAAACAGUCACGAUCUGAUUUUGGGAACCAGUGGACUGGGCCAUACUAUGGAGGACAUUUCUAUGAUGGUUAUGGGUAUGCAUUCCCACCACCACACGACCCAGGGAUGUAUGCUGCUGCCUAUGGGGCUUAUCCAGUGUAUGGUACUCACCAGCAACAAGUAAGCUGAAAGUCUGGCGCCGAGUUCCUCUGCUUGAAUAGUGAAUGUGCUUAAUUUAUUUGUUUCAAGCUUGGAAUGUAGAAUUUAAUCAAAUCCCUCCAAAUGAGGAGUGGAACUGAAUUUUGACUGGAUGUGUUAGUCUCCUAGGGAUUCUAUUAAACAUUUAUUUAGAAGUUUGGACUUUAGACAUGAAACUUCUUGGAUGGAAUAAAUCAUAAUCAUCCACUGUGGUACAUGUUAUGUACUUCAGAAAGCAAAAUGCUGCUUCCAAAAUAUUCAGAUUUUCUGGAUGCAAAUCAAUUCUUUUGAUCUG